AUGUCUGCCGCCGUCGAGGCUCCGGUGAAGAGCCCUGAGCCUGCAUCCCAGGCACCCAAAGGCAUGCGGAAGAAUGGAAAGAACUGGCAUGGGGACAAAACCCCCUUCCGCCCGACCGCAGGCCAAACAUCCUACACCAAACGCCUAAAGGAACGCAAAGCUCGUGAAGCUAUGAAGGAAAUGGAGAAGGAAAUGAAGGAUGAGAAAGAGGCUGAACGUCAGAGGCGGAUACAAGCCAUCAGGGAUCGCCGGGCCGCCAAAGAGGAGAAGUUGCGAUAUGAGAAGAUGGCAGAGAAGAUGCAUAGGAAACGGGUUGAGCGGCUUAAGCGCAGGGAGAAGAGGAAUAAGCUACUCAGUUCUUAA